AUGGAUCCUGGUACCAGCACUAGCGCUGGUGGCAUCAAAAAGCAGGAAGAUUCGGACGGCGCCGACUCCAAGGGAAAUGCCAAACCUGAGGGCAAACCACCUGUCAGAACGCUCAACCGGGUGCCUCGUGCUUGCAAUGCCUGCAGAAAGCAGAAAAUGAGGUGCGAGGGGGCAGAUAAUCCCCCUUGCAGACGAUGCCGACAUGCAGGAUUGGAAUGUCUGUUCGAGAAGCCAACGAGGGAGGCAAGUCUCACGGGCGAGGCGGGCUUAGAGCGUAUACGAAGUCUCGAAGCCCAUGUUGCAGACAUCCGCCAGACGCAGACGACGAUCCAAAACACCCUGUUGGAGAUUGCGACUCAUCUUCGUGGUGGAGGGAUGCAGUUACACUCUCGGUCACCGUCAGCGUAUCCCCCCUUCACACAUCAAUCUCCUAAUUCUGUAGGAUCUCCAAGGGUAUCUACUCCCUCAACAGCGGGCCUUCACCCGCCCCAUCUCAUGCUGGACACUGCUCACUCAGCACAACCCGCGGGAUCCCACGUUGGUACUGUACACGGGCACAUGCAAGCUGCAAUGAAUACAUCGGCAGCACGCCUUAAUCGUGAUCAAUUUGCUUACCGUAGUCCUCCGCUGAGCGCAACGGGUCAUCCCACGAAUGAUUUUCAUCCUCAUCAACACCGAUCCCCCAGUAUGAUGUAUCCUUCCCCCGGCGCGAGUCAGACCCGUGGUCCACCAGGACCCAUUCUCCCCCCAUUCUCGAGCAUCGAAUCUAUGGGACCACCUGGACCGCCCAGAUCGCAGCCGACGAAUGUGUCCUCCAUUCGGCACAAUCCCCAACUUCAAGGAGCAUCAAGCUCUAAGAGAACUGCCCCCUCAUCUUCCAAUGUCACCAGUGACUCAUCGGACGUGGAAGAGGAUAAUGGCGAACUUCCAGCCUCUGGCCUCGUAGCACCGUGGGAAGUUCUGCGAGGUUUGGCCGACGUCGCUAUCGAGCGUGCCGCCAAGGAAAAUGGGGGUGAGGUGAGUGAACCUCCAAGUCGCGCCAGGACUGCUUCUCCAGACGCGCGGCAACCUCGGCCUGCGAAGCGAAGAAAGGUGCAACACAAGCACCCUCGAACGUUCCCAGAUGUUGUGACGAAGAAUAUUAUCUCCGAGCCCGAAGCACGAGAACUGUUUAGAAUUUUCUACCAUGGCUGUUCCACGUUCCUCCCUGUAUUUGAUGCUAAUGUGGACACCUACGAUGCACUUCAUGAGCGUUCGCCAUUCGCCGUUGAUUGUAUUUGUAUGGUUGCUGCGCAAGUCAGGGACGGAGGUGGCAGACCGAGUGAGAUGUUCCUAAGAUGCCAGGAGGAAGUUCAGGCCAUCUCUUGUGCUUCACUGUUCACCCCAGUCUCGCGACAGGAAGCUGUUCAGGCAAUGAUACUUGUAUCCGGUUGGUCAACCAAUGGUUGGUUGAGUGGCGGGCAUGCCGUUCGGAUGGCAAUGGAGUUGUCAAUGCACAAAGCAUGGCCUGAACUUCUUAAGCGCAUGAAGGCAAAUAAGGCCUCAACAUCAGGCAAGGAUUGUCAGCUGGUCAUCUCUGCCAGAACUUGGUUCUGUCUCUACCUAUUCGAGCACCAGAUGUCGUAUGGCACUGGGCGCCCAUCUAUCCUCAAGGAUGACGAGAGUAUCUGGCAGUGUCGGUUGCUGUUGCAACACCCACUGGCCAUUGAAGAUGAUAUGCGUCUUGUCUCGACUGUGGAGCUGAUGGCGAUAAGAGAACGAGUGCACAAUAAUCUCUCGCCGUUAUUUGAUAGGCCGGUGGACGAAAUUACAUUGAAUGUCCUCCGGGAGGCCGACAUAGAGUUUCGAAAUUGGUACGCUACUUGGGACCAGGCAUUCUCGCAAAAGUACGAAGAUGCUGCAUUUUACCGACAGAGCCUACAGAUACAGCAUCUACAUGCCGAGUUGUUCCACAAUGCAACUGCCUUGCGAGGAAUCGAUGGACCGGAUGAUGUCCAGGGGAUGCCUCCAGCGCAACGGGAACUGGCUAUCAGGUCCAUACAGAUUGGUCGCCAGAUUCUGGACAUUACGGUGAACUCCCCCGCGUACAGGGAAGGAAUGAAAUACGCUGUCCAUUACACACAUGCGACGGCCACGUUCUCUGCGUCGUUCUUGUUGCGAUUAGCGCGGCUCUUUCCGGAUCAAUGUGAUAUGCAAGAAGCUAAAUUACUAGCGGAGCAUUUGGCAGCUCUGCUAGCAGAAGUGCCCGGGAAACGUUACGCUUUGACUCUGCAACUCAUGCUGAAACGCUUGCGGAAGCGGAAGUCAGUGUCAGCGUCUCGCUCUCCUAGGAUGUCGCGCGAUCGCCAGCGGUCGCAGAGUGAUGCGAGUUAUACUUCGGACAUGAUCCCCCAGUCAGCCCCAGUGGUUCAACAGCAGCCCAUCUCACCGACAUAUGAAACGUCCUUCUCGUCGAUUCCCGGUGCAAUGGGCCAUAUGCCCACGGGUGUCCCUCAGGAAUUCACUCAAUACACGCCCAAUAUCGAAAACAUCUGGCGAGGAUUCGAGACCACCGCAAACGAGCAGCUGCCUGUUUGGCUUUCCGAUCAAACACUCGGUGGUGCAUCCUUCUCGCAGAACGGCAUUGAUGCCUUCUUGCUCCCGAACGAUUACCUUCCCGCUGCUCCUCAGAUUUGGUAA